UUCACCAAGAACGGUGGAACAUAUAAAAAUGGCAUCAAGCCAAUAUACGAUAUCACCAAAGUGUUCACCGUUUACUGGUAUCUGGCAAGAUCCAGAUAUGUCACAAUGUUACAAUACAGAGUGGAUCACUCGACGACUAAAGGACAUCGCAAGAAAAAACAUUGAUAAAGGAAAUAUCGACAAUAUUUCGAAAGAGAUCUUAGAUAUAUCGCAAAAGUCAGUGUAUUUCAAAGAAGAACAUAUUGUCUUGACUGUAGAAAUUCUUGAGAAAAUGGUGCCGUUGAUAUCGAAAGUGUCCGCCAAUAUAACACUAGGCAAUGUACUUCGUUGUAUCAGCAAUUUGAUAAACAUUCCAGAGGAGGAUUUGGCUGGGGCAGAAGAAGAGAAGAGAAGUGCCAACAG